AUGGCAGCCAACAACAACGUUGACUGCCAACCAUACAAGUUAAUUGUUCCACGCUGUCUUUUACAGGAGGACAAACUCAUUUCCAAGGACACUAGAAGCCAACAUACUAAAGGAGACAAACUCAUAAAAGGAACCAAGACUCCUUUACCACCACCUCGGCUUCCCAUCGCUCUACCGAAGAAGUACCAGCCCUUGCCCCCUGAGCCGGAGAGCAGCAGGUCACUUUUUCCUCAGAGACACACCUUUCCUGAAGCCUGGAGAGGGCCCAAAAAGAUGAACUUAAAGGACUUAAGUGAGAAAAUACAAAGAUAUCUCUGA